AAUUGCAGUCAGUUUAUUUUAAUCUUUGUUUAAGUUAAGUCAAACGGGUCGUUCAGUGGUUGUUCUGGCUAAGUUCAUAUUUAGUUGAAAACCGAGUACUAAUUAAUAUUGUAAACAAUAGAAACUGUCAAUAGUAGUAAAUAAAGAAACACUGAACAAAAAUGCCCUCCUUUGAGUAUGAACUUAACAUGGACCCAGAAUUGCCCGAUGACAUUAAAAAAGUCGCCAUCGAACAGGGGGAAUGCGAAGAGACACGUAUACAAACUAUUGAAGAAUUCCGAAAUUAUAUUCUCGAACAUGAUAAAUGCCAGCCCCAUCGCACAGAUGAUGAAUUUUUGAUCCGAUACCUGAGAGCACGUUUUUGGAAUAUUCCGCAAAGCUAUAAAUUGCUUUGUAACUAUUACAAAUUUCGAGAACAAAAUAAAAACUUCUUUGAAAAAGUGCGUCCCUUAGAUCUCACAUACAUUGCAUCAAAGGAUAUAGUCCAUGUUACUCCAUAUCGUGAUCAAUGUGGACGUCGUAUAAUGAUCUAUCGAUUUGGAGUAUGGAAACCCAGUGAAGUUACCACAGAUGAUAUAUUUCGUGCCACAGUUUGUCUGAUGGAAAUGGGUAUAUUGGAACCGAUUACCCAAGUUGUAGGCGGAAUAGGAAUUUUCGAUUUACAAGGAUUUUCUUUGAGUCACUUGUUGCAUUUGAGUCCCAGUGUGGCAACAAAGAUGAUCGCUGUAAUGGUGACUUCAAUGCCCACCAGGGUUGCAUCAAUACACAUUGUUAAUCAAAACUUCGUCUUCAAACCAUUUAUGGAUGCUAAAAUGCGCGAACAUCUAUUUAUCCAUGGCUCUGAUAUGACAUCACUUCAUAAACACAUACGUCCAGAUUGUUUGCCCAAAAGAUACGGUGGAGAGCUUGAAGAUUUUUCGUGCACGGCAUGGAUUGAAUCGAUCAAAGAAAAUCAGCAUAUUCAAAAGGAGUUAGAGAAACAAGGCUAUGUUAUUUAGAACUUCAUGCACUGUCUGAUUUAGGAUUGUGAAAAUGAACAGUUUUAAAAAUAAAAUUUAAAUACAAUAUGUUGAAAUAUA